UUUAUAUCCGCCUCGCGCUCUCACUCGCUCGCGCUCACUCGCUUCAGCCGGCUUCGAGCUGCGCGUGAGGACGCUCCCGCUCUUUCGUUUGCCCCGCGUCUCCAGACGGCGUUCGACUUCGCUCCGUCUCCGUCUGCUCCGGCCGAACGAUGCGGACAGGGACUGAGCGAGCCUAACUUCGCCUCCGGUUUACGGCGCGAAGCGCUUCUUUCUCCGGCCGCGCGAACUCGCGCUGUUUUGGGUUCAGCACCGCCGAAGGCUGAACAGCUCUCCGCGUCGGCGAACUUCGACACAGCACUCCAGACUUCGGACGGCGGACGCGGGGCUGAAGUUGCGCGGUGAUGGAGUGCUCGGCGCUCAGCAGGGAAGGCGCCGGUUUGGCCAAACCGCCCAAGCAUCUCUGGAGGCAGCCCCGGACCCACAUCCGAAUCAAGCAGCGGUACCACUCCGACACCGAGCGGUACCUGUGCUGCAACCGAGGCACGGAGAAGCACCGCCCGGGUCUGAAAAAACCACGAAUGUCUUGGCCGUCUUCUUUUAAUAAACGUUUUGAUGUUGAAAAUGGCUUGUCAAUCGGGCGCAGUCCGUUGGACCCCAGUCCGAGCUCAGGUCUGGUCCUCCAGGCCAACAGCCAGAGGCGAGAGUCUUUCCUUUACCGCUCGGACUCGGAUUUCGACCUCUCGCCCAAGACGAUGUCCAGAAACUCCUCGAUGGCCAGCGAACUUCAUGGGGAGGACAUGAUUGUAACACCAUUUGCUCAGGUUCUUGCCAGUCUGCGAACAGUGAGGGGCAACGUCGCAGCUUUAACCCACGUACAAGACAGAAGCAACAGGAGACCGUCAGGCACGAACCCUCAGCCCGCCUGCAAAACAAGCCUGUCUGAUGAGGCAUAUCAGAAACUCGCCGUGGAAACCCUUGAAGAGCUGGAUUGGUGUUUGGACCAGCUGGAGACCCUGCAAACUCGGCACUCUGUCAGCGAAAUGGCCUCCAAUAAGUUUAAAAGAAUGCUCAACAGGGAACUUACUCAGCUGUCAGAGACCAGCCGGUCAGGAAACCAAGUGUCGGAGUUCAUAGCAAGCACAAUUUUACAAAAACAGCACGACGUGGAGAUUUUGUCAGCGGCAUGUAAGGAGGAGAAAAAACGCCGUCCCAUGUCUCAGAUAAGUGGAGUGAGAAAACUGAGCCCCAGUCCGAGUCUCCCUCCAACAUGCAUCCCUCGGUUCGGAGUCAACACGCAACAUGAGAGCCUCCUGGCCGAGGAGCUUGAGGACAUUAAUCGAUGGGGUAUAGAUAUUUUUAAGAUAGCAGAGUAUUCUGGGAAUCGGCCGCUGACAGUCAUAAUGUACACCAUCUUUCAGGAGCGGGAUUUGCUCAAGACUUUUAAGAUCCCAUCGGACACCUUCUUGACUUUCCUCAUGACUUUGGAGGAUCACUACCACUUGGACGUGGCCUACCAUAACAACAUCCACGCAGCAGACGUUGUGCAGUCCACACACGUUCUUCUCUCCACACCUGCCCUAGAGGAUGUGUUCACAGACCUCGAGAUCAUGGCCGCUCUGUUUGCGAGUGCUAUCCACGACGUUGACCAUCCAGGAUUCUCUAACCAGUUCCUCAUUAACACAAACUCUGAGCUUGCUCUCAUGUACAAUGACGCCUCGGUGUUGGAGAACCAUCACUUGGCUGUGGGCUUCAAGCUUCUCCAGGGGGAGAACUGUGACAUCUUCUGCAAUCUCAGCAAGAAACAACGACAGUCCCUGCGACAGAUGACCAUCGAUAUGGUCUUAGCCACCGAUAUGUCCAAACACAUGAAUUUCCUGGCUGACCUGAAGACAAUGGUGGAAACCAAAAAAGUGACCAGUCUGGGAGUCUUGCUGCUGGACAACUACUCCGACAGAAUACAGGUGCUUCAGAACAUGGUUCACUGCGCAGACCUCAGCAACCCCACCAAACCCCUGGAGCUCUACAGACAGUGGACAGACCGUAUCAUGGUGGAGCUCUUCAGACAGGGGGACCGCGAGCGUGACAAGGGCAUAGAAAUCAGCCCCAUGUGUGACAAACACACUGCUUCUGUGGAAAAAUCUCAGGUGGGAUUCAUCGAUUACAUUGUUCAUCCUCUAUGGGAGACAUGGGCUGAUCUGGUCCACCCCGAUGCUCAGGACAUUCUAGACACAUUGGAGGACAAUCGCGAAUGGUACCAGAGCAUGAUCCCUCGCAGCCCUUCGCCGACCCCUGAAGAGCAGGGCUCUCGGGCCCCGCUGGGAGUCACAGGAUCGGUCGGGGAGAAGUUCCAGUUUGAGCUGACUCUGGAGGAAGAGGACGGAGAGCUAGAGGCUGAAGAAGAGCACAGCGAUAAAGACCGAUCCGGGACCACGACGUCCCCUCCCGUUUUAGAAAGCAGCGAGAGACAAACGGACCAAGAGACGAGCGGCGUAUCCGUUCUGCAGUUGGGAACUUAACAAGGCCCAGUGUUAAGAGUGCUGCUUCACUUCAGAUAUUUUGGGGUUGAUUAGAACAACCCGCGCGGUAAAAAACUACAAAGACAUUGGUUUACCUGACCAAACAGGCCUGUAUUUUAAAGCUGUAUUGUGUCCCAGACACACACUUUUGCAUAAGGACUGAGGUCGAUCGUGUAGAUGAAUGUUUUCUUGGUUGCAUAGAGAAACAUGAGUCUUCCCUUGAGUGACUGUCCAUGCCACCUGCAGAGGAAAGCUGAUUUAAUCAUUAUGUGAACUUUUUCACUCGACUCUAGGAUAUUUAUUAUCUUGAAGCUUUUCAAUAAUGGAUAACUUAAUGCUUUCGCUUUUUUUUUGCCACUGAGAAAUAAAUGAAACAGGACAGUUUACCAGAAAUAUUAAGGCAAGACACCACAGGUGAAUGGAGUAUUAACUAACAGAUACCACCAUACUGAUUAAUCACAAUGCAUUAAUAAUAAUAAUAAUAAUAAAUAAUAAUACUAGUAGUAGUAGUAGUAGUAAUGCAUUAAAAGUUUUUAAUGUUAUGCACUAUUAUAUAAUAAAAUUUUGCACUAAUUUGCAACAGAAAUCAGACCAAUGAUUUAAACUUUUAGUUUUUAGGUACUUUUUGUCUUUUUAUCACUCCAUAAACAGCCAGAAAUAAUGAAUAAACAAAUAACUAAAUAAAUAAAAAUAAAUAAAAAUUAAAUAUAUAAAUAAAUAUAUAAAUAAUAUAAAUCAAAUAUAUAAAUAUAUAAUUAAUUAUAUAUAAAUAAAUAAUAUAUAUAAAUAAGCUUAAAGCUUAGUGUAUAUAAGUGAUCAUUUCUGGCUCAGUGUUUAAAACAGACUUAAAAAAAAAAAAAAAAAUAUAUAUAUAUAUAUAUAUAUAUAUAUAUAUAUAUAUAUAUAUAUAUAUUUUGUAAUUAAAACCUACGGACACGCAGGGAUCAAGUGUAAUAAAUAAACACUUGAAUCCAGUGGUCUGAAAAAAUCUAAAGGUAAAACAAACCAAAAAGGGUUUUGCUUGUAGUGUCUUGCCUUAACAGGUUAGCGAUAAGAUUGUGAUUGUUAACAACCUCAGGAUAAUGUUGAUUUCUUUUUAAUGUAGCAAGACUCCAAAGUGCAGUCGCUAAACUAUCGGUUUGUAAUCUUGUUGAACAAAUAAGAAAAAGCUUCUGAGACAUUGGGCUCGUUAGACGACCGUACGGAGAAUCCCUUUACAAGCGUCUUUGUACUGAAAUACCUUUAUACCUCUUGACACGUUAGCACUAUGUAGACACGGUGAUCAUAUCGAUAGAAACAGGGUGGAUAUUUGAACUCAUUUUUGAAUGAACUCGAAUCGCGACAAAUGUACACUCCCCCUAAACUCGACAUUCCUGAGUGAAUCAGUGAUUUGCUUUGCCCACGUCAGAGUUUGUAAAAUUGGACAUCUGUCUUCCCCAGUUUUAUUGUUUGGUGGAUUUAAACAGGAAGCUCUGGUCUAGAUCAGCACAAACCUCCCUUGCUCUGAGCCAGACGCAUGUCCACCUCACAUAAAGGGCUGUGACUAACUGAUUCUUAAAAUACAACAUCAUCAUUUUUAGAGAUAUGAUAUUUGCCUCAAUAUAUUUAGCCCUUUAUAUUCAGUCGGAAGCAUGCUUUACAUAGGAGGAGAGGUGCGCAAUUUUUAUUUUAAUUUUUUUAAUCUGAAUAUAGCAUACUAAAACUGCGGUCGGACAAAACACUGACCAAAUUUAAAAUGACUAAUUGAUUAUAAAUUGUUCUAAUGGUUGGAAAUAUUGAGAUUAAUCACAUUUAGAUCAUUUUGCUAUAUAUAAAGAGUAUUCUAUUUAUUGGGGUUUGACUACCUCUUUUUUCGACCAGUCACAGAUGGAAAUGUGCUUGGGAAACCCAUUCGAAAAUGAUUCUUUUUAUACAUACGGUAGCCCAGAGAUUUAGCUUUGUUAAGAGCACGGACCAGCGAUACAUAAUUAUUUUAUAAUAAAAAAAACGUAUUACUCGGCUUAAGAGCAAGUCAGCAGUCCUGAAGAGAGUGUGUAGCCAGAUUGAUGCUAAAAGUGCCAUUUCAUCCAGUAGCCUUGGCCACACUCGUUCUCAGAGAUCAGAAAAGCCAGUGUAGAGCCUUAAAGCACGUCCCUUUAGCUUCAGUGCCAUUACAGCAGUGACUGUGAAGCGUUCGGUGUCUAAAAUGAACUUUGCUGUAUGAUAUUAAGUGAACUAUGUCUUCUUCUCUGUAAUAAUGUGUAGUACAUGUAUAUGCGUCCUCUGUAUGUUAGCAUUGCUGACAUUGCUAAACGUAUUUGUUCAGUUUGUUUACAGGUCGGGUCACGUGUGUUUCAGAUAAAGUUGGUUUACCACAGUGUGUUUCUGUACUCCACCGUCAGAGCCACAAAUAUUCAGAUUGUUCUGAAUUGCCAAUAAAAAUCAUUACGUGA